GGAGCGUAAUGAUGACACUGGUUUAGCGGCCACGCCCCUGGGACCGUCCCCCCUGGCAUGGUGAUAGGUACAGCUGGCAGUGACGUCACGGGGGCGCGCACGGCUCUGGGGGCGCGCGGCGCAGGGCAUUGUGGGCGCGCGGUGACGUGUUCCCCGGCCGGACCCAGGAUGGCUGACGACAGGCAGCACAAGCUGGCGGCGGCCCGGAGGAAGCUGAAGGAAUAUCAACAAAAGACAACCCCUCCAGCUCCUGCAGGCGGCAAGAAGAAGAAAAAGGGAAAAGAGUCAAACAGCCAUCCUGACACCCCGAAUCGCCUCUCCCCAGACCCGAUUGAGGCCAUUUUGAAAGGGCUGGUAUCAGAUCUUCAUAGAUCCAAUGGGGUGUCCAUCCCUGCAUUGGGAGACAUGAAGGUGCUCUUGGAGCAAGAUGUUGUUCAUGAUGCUGAAAUCUUAACAGAGGACGUCUCCGAUAAUUCUAAAACCCCAACAGAAAUGUCCUAUGAUAACCCACUGUCCGAGCAGAACGACUGUGAUGAUAUGAAGCUGCCUACAGAUGGGAACAGGUUUGUCUCCUCAACGGACAGUCUACGACAGCUCUCUGAACAACUGAAUGGGCUGGUGUCACAGACAAAUUCUUAUGUCAAUGGGGAAAACCUCAUCUCCUCCAGUAGUCCGGAAGUGGAGUCUCGUUUCCAGGAUUUAGCUGCUGCCCUGGACUCAAGUAAUUUAACAAACAAACAACUCGGUACAAAGAUAGAGGAACUGAAACAGCAGAACCAAGAUGUUAUGGGUAAGCUGGACAAGGAAAGAAAAGAGUUUGAACAGAAGUUUUCCAAGGAACAAGGCUCUCUUAGGGAACAGCUGCAGGUUCACAUCCAGACAAUUGGCAUAUUGGUAUCAGAAAAGUCCGAGCUGCAGACUGCCCUGUCAUACACCCAGCAGGCGGCAAGGCAGAAAGGAGCGGAGGUUGAGGAUCUUGUUAUGCGUCUACAGUCUACCAGACAGAGAGUAACAGAACUGGAGCGUACGCUGUCGUCCAUCUCUGCUCAGCAGAAGCAGCUAGAGAAGCUUAAUAAAGAAAUGGAAAAAGACCGUGACAACCUACGACUUGAAUCCUUAAGGAAUAGUAAAAGUAGUGACGACCUGAAGCUGCAGAACUCUGAACUAUCGGAGAAACUGAACGUGCUGCUGUCAGAGAACGCUACCAUGCGGUUGGAGCUUGGGGACCUGCACAAAAAGUUGGAAAUGGCUGAGCUCAUGAUCCAACAGUUUUCUAAUCAGACGGGCACGCCAGAUGCAAACCAGCAGCUGCGAAUGGCCCUGGAGGAGCGGGACCAACUGGGGACGCAGCUAACGCAGAUGUCAGAUUCUCUCCAACACCUGACGGCAGAAAGGGACCAGUACGUAGAGAAACUGAAGGACGAAGGUGCAAUAUGGCAAGAAAGAGUCCGCCAGCUGUCUCAGCAAAUACAGACGCUGAUCCAGGAAAAAGAGAGCGCUUGUGCACAGGUUGAACAGUUGGAGACCAGGCUAACAGAGCUGCUGUUAGCAUCAGCAGCAGAGCCGGCUGAAUCGGAGCCCUCCGUUCCCCAGGGUCCCUCUGAAGCAGAGCUUGCACUUCAGCAAGAGGUGGAGAAGCUGCAGCAGGAGUUCCACGAGCUGCAGUCCAGGUACCAUGCCCAGGUGCAGGACAACAGUCAGCUGAGCCGCCUGAACCAGGAGCAGGAGGAGCGGCUGCAGGAGUUGGAGAGUACCUUACAGCGGCAGAGUGAGGACAGUGUGGACAAACAGCAGAUCCUGGAAAACAUGCAGAGUGACAAAGCCACCAUCAGCCGGGCUCUGACCCAGAACAGACAGCUGAAAGAACAGCUCGCUGAAUUCCAGAAUGGAUUUGUCAAACUGACGAAUGAGAACUUGGAGCUCACAAACGGACUCCAGAGCGAGCUGCAUGUGAAAAAGGAACUGGCCAAACGGUUGGGGCAGUUGCAGGAGAGUCUGGGAGAUUUUAAAGAGCAGCUGGCCAUGAAGGCGCAGGAAUUGCAGCUACUGCAGACGCAGCGGGAUGAGAUCUCUGCACAUCUCCAGCAGUACGCUGCAGCAUACCAGCAAGUAUCCAUUGAGAAGGAGGAAAUCCAGAGACAGUACCUCCUGCAAGCCCAGCUCAUGGACCGGUUGCAACAUGACGAAGUGCAGGGAAAAGUCAGUGCAGAAAUACAUCUGAAGGAGUUACAGCAAAGCAGGGAAAAUCUAGAACUUCUCACCAAAGAAAACCGAGAGCUCCGAGCUCAGGUUCUACAAAUAUGCAGUGAGCCAGACAGUAGGGCUCUGAGUAGGAUGGAAGGGGACGGCGUGGAGAGUAUAGUUUAUGAAGAUGAAAUUCCUAAAUCGUCAUUGGUUAUUCCACAGGAUUUUGAAAGUCGGGAAGAAAUGAUGGCAUUCCUAUCCUCUGCUCUCUCCAAACUACACGGAGAGAGAGACGAGGUGGAGAGGCAGCUGACGGAGCAGAAGAGGAACUGUAAGCAACUGCUGCAGCAAAUCUCUGAGCUGAGACUGCAGCAGAUGUCCUCUCCUCAUCAUCACUCUGCAGAGAUCAGUGUGGACAGUGUCCCUAGAGAGGUGUAUGAAGCCUUGCAGAGUGCGAUGGAGAAGUUGCAGUUCCGCUUCACCGACCUGAUGCAGGAGCGGGUGGAGCUCAAGGAACGGGUGGAAGAGUUGGAACAUCGGUGUAUCCAGCUGUCAGGGGAGACUGACACUAUUGGUGAAUACAUUGCACUUUAUCAGAGUCAGAGAGCCAUCUUGAAACAGCGUCACACUGAGAAGGAGGAAUACAUCAGUCGGUUGGCUCAGGACAAAGAGGAAAUGAAGGCUAAGUUACUGGAGCUGCAGGUUUUGGUCAUGAGACUGGUUUCUGAGCGGAAUGAAUGGUACAAAAAAUAUCUGGAAGCGACAAGAAGUUCCAAGGAGCUGGGAGAGUUGGCACUGAGUGCAGAGAGGCCAGUGGAUAUGGACACUGCAACUGGGGAAGCGCUGGAGGAAGUCAGUUUAGAGGAUGGUGAAGAGGAUAAGGCUCAGGGGCCAUCUCACGUCCCCUCGGCCCAUGAAGUAGCAAGCAUGGCCCCAAGCUCUCAGGAUGCCACUGCCAAGCAGAUCAUACAGCUCUUACGUGAUAUUCAGAACCCACAAGAGCGUCCAGGUUUCCUCAUCCACAAUCCCUGUAUCCCGUUCUUCUACCGCGUGGAUGAAAAUGAUGAAGUUCGGAUUAUGGUGGUCUGAGAUGCAAGGUCCCUCCGAUCCACUGCUUCCAUGCGAUCUCCGAUCCGGACUGUGACUUAGUCUCCACUUGCACAGGAGUAAUAGCCACUUGGGGUUGGUUGGAGAGUGGUUGGUUGGGAUUGAACAGGACUGACACUGUCUUUCCCUGCCGGAGCUUGUGUUCUGCAGGAGUUAACGGUUUUUCCCCUCCAAUGAUAUGGAAAAGGGAUUGUCAGUAUUCCAAAUUGGUUUGCCCCAGUAUGUUGACCCAAGGGGCUGACGUUCCAUUUAGGCGGCUAGUGGAUGAAGCAGUUUAGCAGCAUUCUUCAUUACUAUACACUUUUUGUUUUCAUUAUUCUGUAGUUCAUUGCGUUCGGUAACGUAAUAAAUGCCAAUACAAGUGCCGCUGCUUCCUUGUUAAACAAAUCAACACUAAACUUUUAUAUGAAGCAGGUAAGAAAUGAUUAGAAUUGAAGAGGUAUAAACCGGGUAAAGUUAACGCGGAUACGGUCUCUUCUGUAGAAGGAGGAAGUCCGACGCCCCACAGACGUUACUUUCAAGUUGGCAACUGUUUGAUGUUAGUUUGCAUAAAAGAUGCGAGAGCCUGAUGUGAUAUUACAGUGUUGGCCACAAUCUUAUACGCUCCUUGGUAACACUGAAUUGGGAUGCCAUAGAUAACAUGGAGAAAGGGAAGUGUGUUACAUUUAGCUUUUGUUGUGGUCUUUAUUCUCUCGCAGAGUCCAUGCCGUAGGUCCAGUACCCAAAUAAAGCUUUAAACAAGCAUUUUAGCAGACGGACGCAUUGGUUUCAAUUAUAUUACAUCGUAUGACUUAAAAGGCAGGUUGUAAAAGACUCUGGAAGGGCUGAAUUUAGCAUUCAGAUGUCAAAUUAAUAUGUAAUACCACGAAACAUGACAAUUUCAAGCAAGAAUUCCUUUUUGAUAUUGUCAUUUAAGUUGUUUAAUAUGAAGAGGUCUGGUGUAAGCCUAGGCCAGAUUCUAUGAGUUGCCUCUUAACAUGCAUGUUAUAUUGUUUAGACCCUUAAACAGGGCCUUAUGUCUAUAUACCUUCAGAGCCUCCAUUAAGUGGCCUAAACUACAGGCGUCAGAAUGCAGCCUGCCACUUAGUUCCCUGAGACUUCAUAGCCAAAUAUUGCUUAAGCCCACCCGCUGUGUGUUGGGGACGGUGACCUCAUAAUGGACUUGAUCAGAAAGUUUCCGGGUGUCUCUAGUGAAGGAUGCAGGAAUGUGCUGUGGGUGGAUUUUUAACUUUUUUUUUUUUUUGUCCUUUAUGUAACAUUCUACUGAUGAGCACUAUUGUGCUGUGAACAUAACGUGUGUUAGUAAAUCCCACUGCUCUCUAUCAGAAGGAAGGUUUACAGCGGACAAGCUAGUGAAAGGCUGAGCAUGCAGUCACUGCAUAAUUUCUGCAGCACUUUUUUCUUUUGUAUAUUUUAUCUGCCAUCAUUUGUGAAUGCUGCAAGCUGCGCUCUGUGUGAAUACGUUAGACUGAUUAAAUAUCCAUCUGGCAGGAUGACUGUUCAGAGUGUUGGAAUUUUUCACAAGUAACCUGGGGAUGAGGGGGGAGGGGCAGCAUGGCCGAAAUCCCUACAUCUCUUCCAAAAUUGAAUAUGGCAGUGGUUUCUGUACAUAGUGUACGAGUGUAACAUUUUGUAUAUUCCUGGAUCAAACGCUGUACCUCCGCAGCAUUUUUGCUGCAGGUGUCUUGUACAAUAAUAUGAUGGAGCUUCUAUAGAAGCUGUUCAGUCCUGCUUGAUUGGAAAUUUAAUAGGGGCGGGGGGAGGGGUACUAAUUUAUUGGGUGAUACAUCACAGGUCAGGGGGUCUACGCUUUCCAUUAUUUUGCCGAAAUGAUUUAAGCCUGUUGGAAAUAAGUUUUCUUUACAAAUAAACAUAUUAAACAAAUUUAAA